CUUGCCAAAAAGUGAUAUUUGAGAAGAAAGUACGUGGUGGUCGGUGUUUUCUUUUUUAAUAAAGAAAUUGAAUUUACUUUGAACAUCUCUUCCAGCUGUGCAUUACAGAUAACGUCAGGAAGUCUUUGCUUUACAGAAUCAGAUCCAUCACAGGACAACAUGAAACUUUGGAGUCAUCUCUUGUAUUCAUCUCUCCUUGCCUGUAUAUCGUCACAGUCCCAAUCACCAAUGUCCUCUGCCUCAGCCAGAGGUUCUUGUGACUCUCUUUGCAAUUGUGAGGAAAAAGACAGCACGAUGCUAAUAAAUUGUGAAGAGAAAGGUAUCAAGAAGUUAUCCCAAAUAAGCGUGCCACCAUCACGACCUUUCCACUUAAGUUUAGUAAAUAAUGGUUUGACAAUGCUUCACACAAAUGACUUUUCUGGGCUUACCAAUGCUAUCUCAAUACACCUUGGAUUUAACAAUAUUGCAGAUAUUGAGACUGGUGCAUUUAAUGGCCUUGGCCUUCUUAAGCAACUUCAUAUCAAUCACAAUUCUUUAGAAAUUCUUAAAGAGGAUACUUUCCAUGGACUGGAAAACCUGGAAUUCCUACAAGCAGAUAACAAUUUUAUUACAGUGAUUGAACCAAGUGCCUUUAGCAAGCUCAACAGACUUAAAGUGUUAAUUUUAAAUGACAAUGCUAUUGAGAGUCUUCCUCCAAACAUAUUUCGAUUUGUUCCUUUAACCCAUCUAGAUCUUCGUGGAAAUCAGUUGCAAACAUUGCCUUAUGUUGGUUUUUUAGAACACAUUGGCAGAAUAUUGGAUCUCCAGUUGGAGGACAAUAAAUGGGCCUGCAAUUGUGACUUAUUACAGCUAAAACUUUGGUUGGAAAACAUGCCCCCUCAGUCUAUAAUUGGUGAUAUUGUGUGCAACAGCCCUCCAUUUUUCAAAGGAAGCAUACUGAGCCGGCUGAAAAAGGAAUCAAUUUGCUCCACUCCACCAGUGUUUGAAGAACACGAGGAUCCUUCAGGAUCAUUACAUCUGGCAGUAACAUCUUCAAUAAGUGAUGGUGGCAUGUCAACCAAGACCACGUCUCUUUCAAAACCACCCACCAAAGCACCAGGUUUAAUACCUUAUAUUACAAAGCCAUUCACUCAACUUCCAGGACUCUACUGUCCUAUUCCUUGUAACUGCAAAGUACUCUCCCCAUCAGGACUUCUAAUACACUGUCAAGAGCGCAAUAUUGAAAGCUUAUCAGAUCUAAAACCUCCUCCGCAAAAUCCUAGAAAGCUUAUUCUGGCAGGGAAUAUUAUUCAUACCUUAAUGAAGUCUGAUCUAGUGGAAUACUUCACUUUGGAAAUGCUUCACUUGGGAAACAAUCGCAUUGAGGUUCUCGAAGAAGGAUCGUUUGUGAAUUUAACAAGAUUACAAAAGCUCUAUCUGAAUGGUAACCAUCUGACUAAAUUAAGUGGAGGUAUGUUCCUUGGUCUCCACAACCUUGAGUACUUAUAUCUUGAAUACAAUGGCGUUAAGGAAAUAUUACCUGGUAGCUUCAACCCAAUGCCUAAACUUAAAGUCCUCUAUUUAAACAACAACCUCCUGCAAGUUUUACCACCACAUAUUUUUUCAGGGGUUCCUCUUAUGAGGGUAAACCUUAAAACAAACCAAUUUACCCAUCUACCUGUAAGUAAUAUCUUGGAUGACCUUGAUUUACUGACCCAGAUUGACCUUGAGGACAACCCCUGGGAUUGUUCCUGUGACCUGGUUGGAUUGCAGCAAUGGAUACAAAAAUUAAGUAAGAACACAGUGACAGAUGAAAUACUCUGCACCUCUCCAGAGCACCUAGACAAAAAGGAAUUGAGAGCACUUAACAGUGAACUUCUUUGCCCAGGUUUGGUCAAUAACCCAUCCUUGCCAACUCAGACUAGUUACGUAAUGGUCAAUACUCCUACAGCCACAACUACAGCGGACACUAUUUUUAAAUCACUUACCGAUGCUGUACCACUAUCUGUUUUAAUACUAGGACUGCUGAUUGUAUUCAUAACUAUCGUGUUCUGUGCUGCAGGGAUAGUGGUUCUUGUUCUCCACCGUAGGAGAAGAUACAAAAAGAAACAAGCUGAUGAACAGAUGAGAGACAACAGUCCUGUGCAUCUCCAGUAUAGCAUGUACGGCCAUAAAACAACUCACCACACUACUGAGAGACCCACAGCAUCACUCUAUGAGCAGCACAUGGUGAGCCCUGUGGUUCACGUCUAUAGAAGCCCAUCCUUUGGCUCAAAGCAUCUGGAAGAAGAAGAAGAAAGGAAUGAGAAAGAGGGAAGUGAUGCAAAACAUCUCCAAAGAAGCCUCUUAGAACGAGAAAAUCAUUCCCCACUCACAGGAUCAAAUAUGAAGUACAAAGUCACAGACAAAUCCACUGAAUUUUUAUCCUUCCGGGAUGCCAGUUCGUUAUAUAGGAACAUUUUAGAGAGAGAAAGAGAACUUCAGCAACUGGGAAUCACAGAAUACCUAAGGAAAAACAUUGCUCAACUUCAGCCUGAUAUGGAGGUACAUUAUCCAGGAGCCCAUGAAGAGUUAAAGUUGAUGGAGACAUUAAUGUACUCAAGACCGAGGAAGGUAUUAGUGGAACAGACUAAAAAUGAGUAUUUUGAGCUGAAAGCUAACUUACAUGCUGAACCUGACUACUUAGAAGUCCUGGAGCAGCAAACAUAGAGAGUUAGAAGGCUUUUGCAGAAAUGCUGUGAUUCUGUCUUAAGUCUAGACCUUGUAAAUAAGUGCCUUAUAUGAGUGUAUCAUCAAUCAGAACUUAAGCACAGCAGUAAUCCUAUGGGGAAAAAAGAAUAAAAAGAAACUCAGGGAUAACUGGGAGAAGCCAUUGCAUUGUCUUCAGGCAAUUUUAUCUAUCCCCAAUAAAAUAAAUCCUUGCAUGUAAAUCAUUCAAGGAUUAUAGUAAUAUUUUCCCAUAUACAUAAAGUGUUUCAUAGAAGUCCUC